UUGAAUGUUUUGGAGGGAUAAUAAAAUUUAAUACAUGAUAAUAUAAUUUAAUGAUUUGUUACUCCUCUUCAUAUAUAUAUAUAUAUAUAUAUAUAUUCUAAAACCCUUAAACCUGAAAACUCUAACAUUGCCAGUUCAUAAUUUUAUCCAUUGGAAGCAGAGAAGCGACAAUGGCAGCCCCGCACCUAGCAAAUCUGAUAACAAAAUCGUGUCUCCGGAGACCAUUGGCAAGCUUUUGCAGAGCACCCAAAAGCUAUCUCAAUGCCCAAAGCAGGAUUUUUGGAAUCAACACAGUUUCCUCGCAAGGGUUUCCUAGCAGGAUAUCGCCGGCGUCGGCCGCCGGUUUUAAGAUGUUUGGUGGUACCGGGUUCGGGCCUGUGCAAUUUGGUAUUCGCUCUUUUCGAGUUUCGAGCGGCCGCGGAGCUGGUGGUGGUUCUGGAGGCUCCGGCGCCGGAGGAUCUGGUGGUGGUGGUGGAAGUGGUGGUGGUGGAAGUGGUGGCGGUGGAGGAAAUGGUUCGGGUCUGCUUUCAUGGUAUCUGUCUCUCCUUGCCAAGCAUCCUGUGAUGACAAAAGCAAUUACAUCCGCAUUCUUAACUUUGGUUGGAGAUAUGAUCUGCCAGCUUGUGAUUGAUCAAGUACCAUCUCUUGACGUGAAGCGGACAUUUCUGUUCACACUGUUGGGCCUGGUUUUGGUUGGUCCAACAUUGCAUUUCUGGUAUUUGUAUUUGAGUAAACUGGUUACGACUCCCGGAGCCUCUGGUGCUCUCUUGCGCCUUAUUCUUGAUCAGUUUGUUUUCGCGCCCAUUUUCAUUGGAACUUUUCUUUCUAUUCUGAUUACUCUUGAGGGGAGGCCAUCGGAUGUAAUACCAAAACUGAAACAGGAGUGGUUCUCGUCGGUUCUUGCAAAUUGGCAGCUGUGGAUACCUUUCCAGUUCCUCAAUUUUCGAUUUGUGCCCCAACAAUUUCAGGUCCUUGCUGCUAAUUUUAUUUCCUUAAUAUGGAACGUGAUUCUUUCCUAUAAAGCACACAAAGAAGUUACUGCCAAAUAGAAUGUGGGCUGAGCUGGGGUUUCAAUGGUAGUUUAAGUUUGAGAGAGGCAAUAUGUAUCAGCUUUCUUUUAUGUCUCCUAGAGCAGAGUUUUAUUUUACCGGUUUACUGCAGAAAACCGUCUUUUGAUUGUGAAAUGGAGAUUAAAAAUUGUGUUCUUUUGGUAUUAUUUAUUGAUCUGAGUUGGCUUAGUUUUCUUUACAACUCUUCUUAUGUCCAAGUGAGCACUAGUUCAGUUUUUAACUGGAAAUAGUCCUCCAAUUUUUAAAUGAAACAAUAUAAUGCAUACAAAGUGCAGGUAUUUUCUUGAA